UUAAAUCAAAGUUUGUGAUUUUUUCUGUAUACCUAACUCAUAAUUGCUAAAUUUUGACAUAUAUGACACUUUGCUUCUGAAGCAACGAUAUGUUUGACAAAUCUAAGUUUUGACAGCUGUUUGAAAACAAACUUGCAUGCAGGUAGCGAACAUGCAGGCAAACUUGCAUGUAAAAAAAACUUCUUUAAAUGCAAAUUUGCAUCUAUCCAAGCAUGCCUGCAGGCUCAAACUCUCGAAAGAAUUUGUUUGAUUUGAUAGGAACUGUCAUAAUACCUGCUUCUCUACUUGGAAAAAUAAGCAUGCAAAUUGAGAAGCAAGAUUGCGUGAGUUUAAGACUGUUUGCUGGGCAAAACUUGGACGUGUGGCUGCGGGGCUAGUUAGUAUCAUUUUGAAGUCUACAAAGUUACAUAGAUGCUUAACAAAUUACAACUAUCGCGCACAACCAGGAAAAGUAAUAAAUUCAAAAACUUAAAAUAAAAGAAAAUGUUAUAAUUCAAUUAUGUAAACUUGUAAAACAAAAAAAUUAAUGAACAUUUUUUAAAAAUCACGUUGAAUAAUCAUGACAUGAAUAAUUAUUACGUAUGUAUGUAUGUACCUCGUAGUGAAGCAAAAAAAAUCCUUUAUCCAACGUUGGGCGCCAUUUUUCUCCCCCUUUAAUACAAAAAUAUACCUCACUUUAUGUACAUAGCUAAGCUAUAUAAUUUCUUUGACAGAGGUAGGCAAGCACUUUUCUCCUAACCAUGUCACGUGGUUGUGUCAAAUCCUUUGUUUCUUUUCCUUUGUUAAAAUAACGUGCUUUUCUUUUUGUUUUCUCUUUCUUGGUUUCAUUCUUUAUGAAAUGCGUUGAAAACAAACAAUUUGCAAAGCGUUCUCAUAAGCUAAACUAUAUGUGAAUUAUAUCAAACACCCUGUAUGGAAGUAAACUUGUAGAAAUUAGAUUCCACUUACGUCCGUUUCCGCUAACCACCUCAUUCAUGUCUGUCAGUCAAGUCAAGAUGAGAUUAUUUCGCGAAAGAAAUGCUUUUUUUUAUACAUCUCCUCUUACAACUGAAUUAAGCUUGUCGUCCCUCUCUAUAUGAUGUUGUUGUUUUUUUGUUUCUUCUCAUUUCUAUAUCUUGCCACUCUUUUAUGUAAAUUUAAACAAUAAUCGACUUGUCACACACAGAGCUAAGCUGUGAAGGAGGUGGUGAGCGUAGCAGAAAGGAGCAUUUUAAUUUUGACUGGCAUUUUGUACACUCGUACAAGUUUUCUUCUUUUGUAUUGCCAUUCGCAAAUUCCGUAUAGUUUUUCUUUAUUAUUAUUGUCGUGCACCGAUGACGUUGACGUUGGUGGCGGCGGCGGGCGAAAGCGAAGACGAACAGACGGACGGUCGAUUAUUUUGCUGCUAUUCACAUCACAAUGGUGCAUUGUUGAAGGUGGAAUGCUCUAGGUGCAAUCAUUCGCAUCGUACAAGCGAACGAGUAGGGAUCGGAUCGGUUCCGUGUUUAGUUGUCGGAGAAUUGUGUGCUUUCAAUUGUGUCGUCGUCGUUGUUGGUUGAUGUUUAUAUUUAUACCUUUACCUUUGAUAAAGUGUGUUUCUUCCUUCUUUGCUCUUUUGUUCGCCUGGCCGCUGCGCUACUACCGCCGCCGCUGCGCUGCUACCGCCGCCGCCCGCAGCGCCACCAUUUUUCUGACCUUUUGCUUAGACGUGUUGUUUUUAACAUAUUCCCUCUGUAUUGUUGUGUGGUUUGACUUGUUUUGUUUUGAAUCUUCUUUGAUUGUAGAGCAGAGCGUUAUAAAAUGCAAAACAACAACUUAACAAAGAAACCGCGAUCGAAAAUUGCAAUCCGUGAAAUAAUGGCUGACGGUGGAUUAUUACCGUCGGCAUCGUUGUCGGCAACACUACCAGCAUCAUCAGUACAAACUUCAUCGUCUUCAUUGCCAACAAAAGUUGUAUGGCCACGAAUUGAAUCACGGCCAUUGACAGUAGACGCAUCAUCAUCAUCACAACAAGUAGUGAUGCCUGUUGUUCCAGUAACAACCACAUCAAUUGGUACUGCCGCCGCCGCCGCAGCAGCAGCAGUGCCAAUGGACUUGUUGGCAGAUAUUUUUCUGCGUUUAAAUACAUCUCUAAUGAGUUCGAAUCGGUUAUUUAGUGCAAAUGAAAUCUUUCCACAUACAGGUGGAGGUGCUAGUUAUGAUGAUGGGGGUAAAAAUGAACACGACCAUCAGGUUGUUCGAACGUUGCUGCCAGUUCAACAUAAUUAUAGUAAAAGUUAUUUCUCGGCUAAAACUGAAGGCCGUAAGCGUACAUUGACGCCUAUGGCAUCGAAUGAAGAGUGUGAAGAUGAGAUAAAAAUGGAUACAGCAGUUUUAGCACCGCCGCCAAAAAAGAAAUGGAUACGUCAUUAUUUAAGGGAGGAGCCAUACUCCAAUGGUCACUCAUCCCCUUCCUCCUUUAUAAUGAUUAAAACACCAACACCAUCUACCACUAUCACAACAAACAAACACCAACAACAACAACAACUGCAUCAACAACAAGGAUUACAACAACAAUCACAAGAACAGCAAUCAUUUUCCAAUAACAAUUUGAAUUGUUCACCAAAAACUGAAAUGCUAACUUCUUUGUUCUCAAAUAACAACAACAAUAAUACAACAAUAACCGUUGUUGAUAAAAAUAAAAAUCCCAUAUUCACCACCACCACGAAUCAUGGUAAUAAUAGUAAAAUUAGUAAUACCAGUACGCUGCCGGCGACGACAUUUUUAAAUGGUGGUGUUAAUUUGGCAGCAUUGUCUGCAGCUGCUGCAGCAGCAACAACCCAACCGAUUGUCAUUAAUGUCAGCAAUACUCGUACUGCAGCAAAUACAUUUAGUGCCAAUAAUAAUAAUGUAAUAAUUCCCCACACCACCAUACCAAUACCAACAACAACAACAAAUUAUAAUACUAAUUCAAAUUUAAGAAAUUCACCACCAAUGGGGGUAGCGUCAGCUGUUGCAGCUGGUGGAACUGCUUCACCAAAUAGUUCUUGUUCGGUGUUUCGCAAGAAAUGCAUUCCCUUAACCCCACCGCCAAUGUCAAAUAGAAAGUUUAUUGAAUCAUCAAGAAUUCGUAGUUACUCACUUUCUUCCAAUAAAAUUACAGCCAACAGUUUGGUUGGAAGCAAUGGAUUUGUAACCACCAACAACACCAAUAAUAGUAGUAGCAACAACAUCAACAACAACACCAGUAAUAUCAAUAACAACACACCCGCCAUCUUGCAUAACCAUCAUAUUCAUCAAGUUUUGGCCGCAGCAGCUGAAGAUUCAUCACAGUCCAGUUUGAAUUUAUCAUCGUCUGGCUAUUUGAGUGGUGGCAGUAUUAAUUCGAAUGUCGGAAGCAUAAAUUUGUCGUCUACAUCAACAACAACGUCUACUGGUGGUGUCCCAAUGAAUGGUGUUAGUAUGAUGAACGGAUCACCACCUAGAGGAGGAAGUUUAUUGGUUUCCGGUGGACAUUUGGAACACCAGUCGUCGUCGUCGUCGAUGUCGUGUGUUGCAUCAUCGGCGCCAACAUCUAGUGGAGUACAUCAACUACAUGGUGGUUCGAUUGGUGGUGGCAGCAGGCGAAGAACGAUAAGUUCCAAUAGCAAUGGUUCCUCAUGUACUUCCAGAGCGGGCACUCGAGAAGUCCAUAAUAAACUGGAAAAACAUCGCAGAGCUCAACUUAAAGAAUGUUUUGAACAGUUAAAAAGCCAAUUACAACUUAAAGACGAGGAACGAAAGAAAACAUCAAAUCUAUCAAUCCUUGGAGCUGCUCUUAAACAUGUUAUGGCACUCAAAAUAAAAGAACAAGAACUUGAACAGCAAGUUGAACUUUUGGCAAAAGAAAAAAUCAAUGCACAAAAGAAAAUUGUUAAUCUUAAGCGUGAACUUGGCCCAAAAGUUGAAAAUAUUGAUUUUUCCAGUAUUAUUUCUGACAUUGAACUUGGCAGCAUUCCGAUCGAACGAGUUACUGAAGGCCUCAAUGAUUCGAUCUCUCUGUCAUCUGGACGAGGUAGUAUGUUGUAUAGCUCAUCAAGCUCUUUAUCGAGUGGCAGUGGCGGCAAUACAAUGUCCUCACCACUAGGCGCAGGAAUGCAAACUUCAAUGCCAACUGCAUUGUCACCUGUGAUAUCACAAUCAACAACAACAACGUCCUCCUUCUCCGCCUCUUCUUCUAGUAAUAAUAGUUCACCGAUAUCACCGAUUAUAUUGAUGAAAUCAUCAUCGCCAUUAUCUCAGUCUACAUCUGCAACUUCAUCAUCAUUAGUGGUAACCAAUAUAUCUACUAUUAAUAAUGCAAAUGGUGGUUGUUCCUCAUCAGCAACAUCGGUAACAAUGCCGUUAUCUUUAACGGCUAAAAACAUAUCGGCCACAUCAAUGACUCGAGGUUCGCCGACUCCAUCGACGCCCUCACCAUCGCCGUCCUCAUCCAGUGGUGUAUCUUCAUCGUCCUCAAUUCAUUCAUCAUCACCGCCAAUUGGUGGCGUUAAAAUUGUUCCAAACAUUCCAACGACGAGUUGUGUCAAGUUUGGUACUGUGACCAAUGUCUCGGCCAAUGGUAAUACAUUUGUUUCAUCUCCCGUUAUAAAUAUAACACACAGUGAAAAUAAUGGAGGUAUUUCGUCGUCGUCGUCAAAUAGCGUCUAUAACGCUACUGCCUCCGGUAUGCCACUUAACAUGAAUGUAGCCGUUGUAUCAUCCAGCUCAGCUACUACUUUUCCUUCCUUUUUUUCAUCAUCGUCCUUGCCAUCAGCAGCGACUAUUACAACAUCAGUCAGCCAUGGCAAAGAAUCUAAUGGAAGAAACGGUCUUACUCGAAAAACUCCAUCAUCUAGCGAUGGCCACAACAAUAACAUUGAUAGUUACUUUAAUAACAAUCAACAUCACUAUCAGCACCAACAACAACAACAACAACUCCUAGAUGAAGGUGAACAACCAGCAAAGGUUUUUAAGGUCUUCAAUGGUUUGGCAUUGGGUCAAAUGGAUAAGGAUAAUAAAUUGGGCCUUGCUGCUACACCUUUGCAACUAUCUCAAGUUGUUGGAGGUGGCAGUUUGGUUGUCAGUCCAUUUCUGAGCUCAUCUCAGAAUGGUGGUAGUCUUCGAUUAGUUGGAGCAAAUAGCUUGGCAACAAUCGAAUUGAGUUCUGGACCAUCGUCUAAUCAAUCCAGAUGCAGUGGUAGUCUUCUUGGUCAGUCGUUAUCGCCACCGAAUUCCGGAGGAGGUGCUCAGUUACACAAGUUAUUGAUGAGUGCUGUUAGUGCCGGUGGUGGUGCAACAAAUACUAUAUCGAACGGUAAUACCUCGACCUAUGUGUCGGCCGGUGAAGUUGGCCGAUUGCCUGGAGGUGCCGAACUCAAUAUCCUUCCCACCGCAACAAAUGCUACAGCCUCAUUGUAUAGAGGUAAUGGAAAGUUGUCUAUAAUGAAUAAUGGAAUUUCAAUUAAAGGAGCUGUAAAUGAUACAAAUUCAACACGUGGUGGUGUUCAUGUUUUGAACACACAAGUUCUUCAAUCAGCUAAUGGACUUUCAUCAAUUGGUGUUUCCCAAGCACAGCAAAAUAAUAACUUUGCUCAAUUGAUUGCCACUACACCUCAGAUGGCCGGAAAGAUAAAUCUCUCAGUGGGUGGUGGACAAAGCAGCAGCCUACCAUUAAUUGGCACCCAAUACCUCGGUUCAAUGAAGCCAAUGGUUGUGGCUGUUUCCAAUAAUAAUACAAAUAAUAAUAGUAAUUCAAAUCAACCCACCUUAUCGUCAUUGUCAUCUGUUGUUGUUCCGCCUACAUCACUGACGACAUCGACCGCUAUUGUAACAGGAACCACCAAUGGCAACGCUUUAUAAAUCUUUACCAAUUUUACAUUUUGUAAUCUAUAUAAAUCUAAGUAGUAGUGAGUUGUUUUUUUUUCUUUUCUUUUUUUUUUUUUUCAUUUAAAAUAUAUAUGAUUUGUUAUUAUUUUUUUCUAUUAUAUAUGAUAAAUAUAUAUAUAUUGUAUAGUGAUAUAUAAUGUGCUAAACAAAAGAAAAAAAAAGAAAAAUCUUUAUAUAAAUAAACAAAAAAUGUUCGCAACAAAACCACUUUUCACACCACAAACUCACACCAUCGAUUGACCACACCACUACCACCACCACUUUUCCUGUUUCAUAUAUACAUAAAUAUAUCUAUCUCAAAACUUUAUUUCAAAAUAUGCAUUUCUUAUAUUUUUUCCCCCCCAUAAUCAUCAUGGUAACAUCUCUUCUCUGUGUUUUAUUUUUUUAAACUAACUAAAAUAAACCAACAAAUUCAUAUAAACAAAAAUCUAUAUUCUAUAUAUUUACAAAAAAAAAAAUAAAUCUAUAACAAAAAAAGAGAGCCAUCAUCAAUUUUACAUUGUACAAGAAACGAAAAAAAAAAAUUAAAAAUAUGUAUAAAAAAAAAUUAAACAAAAACACUAACUAAAAAAAAUUAAAAAAAAAAAAUAUGAAAAGAAAUUAAUGAACAAUCGUUGUUGUAAACACACAAAUUAUAUAAAUGUAUGUGUAUAUAUAAAUUGAAAUGUAUUUUCUCAAAACAAAACAAACAAAAAAAAAAAACAACUUAUUUUUAAGAACAAAAAAAAAUUAAUCAUUGUGAGUUUUAAGAUAGGAACAAAAAGAUAAAUAAUGUUAAGAAUCAAAUUAGUGGAUAGAGAAUUAAUUUUAGAUUGUCUAAACAAAAAACAAAAAUGUAUUACAAAAACAAAAAAAAAAUAAACAAAA